UGGAGGUACAAGUAGAUUUUGUAAACAAAAUACUUGCUAGCAUUUGGACUAGUUGCAGUGGCGGAAAUUGGGCGCUUUUUGUGAAAUCUGUGUGAAAUACGGCUGAAAAUGUUAUCAGCUAUGAUCAAAGACCAUCAGGCCAAACAGGCGGCCAAAAAAGAAGAGCAAGAACGGCGCAGAAAAGAAGCUAUCUUGUCUGCGAAUGAGCUGACGCAGAAUCUGGUGGACCAUCUGAAUGUGGGUGUUGCUCAGGCGUAUCUUAAUCAGAAACGUCUGGAUUCCGAAGCCAAACAGCUGCACAUCGGAGCCACCAACUUUGCGAAACAGACAUCCCAGUGGUUGGCAUUGAUAGAGAAUUUUAACGGUUCCCUCAAGGAAAUUGGUGAUGUGGAAAAUUGGGCCAAAACAAUCGAGAGUGAUAUGAACGUGAUAACAACUGCCCUCGAGAUUGCCUACAAGACGAGCCGGGAAAAGUAGGGGCCAAUCAGGACCUUGCUAUUCAAUUGGACUGCCUCCCAAAAUUCUACCAUACCUUAACCUUAAGUUAUCCACUAACUAUAAGAAUGAUGAUCACCAAAAGCGGUCAGCGAGAAUAAAUCAUUCCAAAGGCUAUUCCGGCACCAUUUUUCGACUUUAA